AUGCCGACGUCCACUCUGAGGCAGCAGACCGUGGCUAUGAUACACAAGAACGUGGCGUACCAGAAGCGCCGAUGCUGCCUCAAUGCAUGCAUCGCCCUGACACCGCUCCUGUUCGUCUCCCUGAUAUAUGCUAUUCAGCUGUCGAUUGACCGUGACGCUGGGAGCCUUGAGAACGUCAAGCGCGGAUGUCCGUGCCUUUGCUGCGACAGGGCAAACAUCACCAACUGUCGCAGCAGCGCUGGGUUGGAGGGUCGGCAGUGCCCAGAUGCGGAAGUAUGCAACUCGAAGGGAUGUGGCGCGAAAUUGCCCAGUCAGGGUGAAAUUGCUCUCUGCAGAAUUGAGCACCCUGUGAGCUGGCCGCCCGCCAUUCAGAAUCGCGUGGCCCAUCUUCGGGAUAGACCUUGGGCAUCAAAUGCGGUCAUGCUCUACGCGGGACAGGAUGAAGAGGUGGCAAGUACCAUUGCCAGCUACAUGUUCUCGGAUAGUCCUUCAUUCAACAUUACCGGCAACAAGUUCAUGCAGAUGGCCAAAGAGCAGGAUGUCUUCCGCGGGGAGAUGUUUACUAACGAGGGCUUCGUGUUCGGUACCGACUGGGAGCCUGGCCAACAUGCACAAGUCGACCUUGCUUUCUCAAGUCACUUCAGUGACCUCCAUACCCUGAGCCAGAAGUGCAGCGCGGUCCCAGGCGUCUCAGCUGUCUUCUCUGAGAACGACAGCGACCUUUCCUUCAGCGAAAUCAUCCGAUCCAGCAGCUCUGGAGAUGCGCUCACCGAUUCUUGUGUCAACAUUCUACCUCUUCUGACCACAGCGGACGGGAUCAGCAGGCAAUUUUCUUGCAGCUUUGAAGAGGCCAACUGCAACGCAUCGCGCACGUUUCAUGAGCCUUUGAGCACGAGGAAGCUACUUGGGGGCCUGUUUGCUGAGAGGGAGUACAUCGGCGCAUGGGAUUUCAAAGUACCUAUUCAUCCAGGCUGCUCGCCCUGGCAGAAUUCCCCUCUGAUGGCACCAUCGACUGCCCGGGUGCCACCCAAGAAUCCCACCCUUCGCCUAUGUCGGCCUAUCUCAGAAGAUUUGAUGCGCCCAGUAUCGAAGAGAGGGGCACCGGGGGCCUGCCCUUCCGAUGCCGCCGUAAUGGGCUUUCCUGCCGGCAUCCCGGAGGCACCGUUGAUGUCUCCCACCCCCUGCCGACAGUUCCCGUAG